CAGACUGAGAGAAUUUAGCAAAACAAGACGAAUUCUUGCAAUUCCAAAUUUGGACCGUGAGAAUUUAUUGCCACCGCUCAGCUGUGUACAAGCCCGCUGUGAAUAUCGACCGCAACACCUCAAACGACCUCCAGAGGAAUUCAUCGAAGAGCCGAACCCCGGCAUAUUCCUCUAUACGACAGAAUGGCGUCUACAGUAAAGGCCGUCCAAACAUUCGGCAAAAAGAAGACUGCAACUGCAGUUGCACAUGCGAAGGAGGGCCGUGGCAUCAUCCGCGUGAAUGGCUCUCCCAUCAAUCUUGUACAGCCUGAGAUCCUGCGCUUCAAGAUCUACGAACCCGUACUUGUAGCUGGUGAAGACUCAUUCGCACCACUUGAUAUCCGUGUACGCGCCAAGGGUGGUGGACACACCUCGCAGGUGUAUGCUAUCCGUCAGGCCAUUGCCAAGGCUCUUGUCGCAUACUACGCCAAGUAUAUCGAUGCAUACAGCGCAAUGGAGUUGAAGAAAAAGUUGGUCGCGUAUGACCGGACGCUGUUGAUCGCAGAUCCUAGACGGAUGGAGCCGAAGAAGUUCGGUGGUGCUGGUGCUCGUGCUCGCAGGCAAAAGAGUUACCGGUGAAACCACUUUUUUUGGUACAUAUCUUUUUAUCAUGUUACUCCUCUACCCUUGAACAACGCCAUGAUAGCAUGUGUGCAACUAUGAUUAUGAAUUGCAAACAUUGUCACUCCAGUGUUAAUAUGCUCAGGAAACAAAAGAUUAUUGGAGUGAACAAGGCACGCACUAGUAAAUAUAAGCCGGUUCAGUCCCCAU